AUGGCGAUCAAUGAUGAAGUUUUAAAUGUGCCAAAAAUCUUGGAUGUACUUUCAAAUGAAGAAGAAUUCAUUUUUAAACCAUUUCAACAUACAAUUGCAAAUGAUAUUGGUGCAAUAGAAUGCGGAAAAAUCGUGUCAAGAAUAAAUAAAGUUCUAUUUGAUUAUCAAAUUGGUGAUAAAACAAAUCCAUCUUUAAUAGAUUCCAUAUUUACUCAAAGAAUUAUUUUAACCAUACCUGGAACUAAACAACUCUAUGAAAAUCGUUUACCUCUUUUGUGUCAAAUGUGUAGUCGACAAGAAGUUCAAUGUUUACCAACAAUAGCAAGUGAAAGUCAAUCAAUUGGCUCUAUACGACGAGGGUACGUUUUUAAAAAAAAUCUACUUUAUUAA